UCUAAAAUGAGUGAAUAGAAUAUCAGUAACUUAUACCUUGUCAAACCGCUGCCAGCCAGGCAGUGAGAGAGAAUUUUUUUUAAAAACUAGUUUGGAAAAACAAAUAUGUAUUAUAAAGUUCCGUGCAAACAAGUCAUGGGUUUGUUAGAAAUAUAAAAACAAGGUGAACUUUCAGCAACGGCUGAGGUAUCUGUGCUGCAGAAACUGCCUCAGAAGCCUGCAGUGAGUCAAGUGCGCGCUGAAGCACGUCUCGCGAGAUGUCUAUUCGCUCCGCAACUUGGUCAGCAGUCGUUCGUUCCUCCAUUUCGCUGCGUCGAAAGUCUCCUCCCCGCAACCGCUAGAUUCAGCGAUUCCGGACCCAGUCUCUCUCGGACCGUUCUUUAACUUGAUCCUACGAACCUGCCAGUACCUCACUGGGUACCGAGAGACAGUUUGGAAUAGUCUCAACACGGAUUGAGUACGAUUUGAAGCGGAUGGCGACUCCUUCAGCGAGAAUUUAGUAAAAGAAAAGUGCUCGGAAAUUUCAGACCCUCAGAUGCAGCGGUACCCUUGAUCUCAGCAUCCUGGAAGUGGAAAUCACGGAAGAGACUGCUUCAUCACAUACAGGUUCAGUGUGUAGCACUGCCGGUUCUGAAGCAGGACAGUCUGGGGAAGAGGCGGUGCAGCAGCGCACCUGUCCGGCAGUGGCUGUGCUGGGUGGCACCUCCGCGGCUGCGCAGAAUGUGGCCGGGCCACCCCAGCAUGCCCUGCAGCCAGUCGCAGCUGCCACUCUACCACCAUCAUCAGUUGACAUCAGUACUGGAUCUCAGCAGCAGAAAGGAGACUCAAAGGCUGCAUGUAAAGAACAGACCAUCGCUCACAUUCAACGAAACAGCGGCAUCAAGGAACCAGAGGAGAUAUUGGCUGUCCAAAGAGGACUGGUGUCAGCUAUUGCUAAAGACUCACAAAAGCUUACAGACGCAUUGGAGGGUCAGACUCCCUCAGACAAACUUUUUGAGAGAGGGACUGAUAGCAUUGCGCAAAAACAGGAUUUCCUUCACGGGUGUAACACGGAGCAAUCAAGCCUUGCAUACAGGGAGAUUGAUAUGGCGGAAGGAUCCAGCACAGGCCACUGCCAAGAUUGGAGCCAACACCCUGGAGAUGCAGGGGGUGUCUCUGCCCCUAUUGAGACAGAAAAGGGACCCUUGCCUCCAGAGACAAUCAAAUUGGACUACAAGUACAUGUGUGGAAAGCACACACCUGGAGAAAGCCCCUGUGACCCAAGAACAGAAGUCAUCCCAGCAGUCUCAAGUGCAGUACAACAGACAACAGACAGAAAUGUGGAGCAGCUCCAAACAACUCCCCCUUUUCAGACAAAUCAGACUGCCACCUCAUCUGCAUUUGGCGUCCCACAAGAACAAAGUACGACAAAUUCAGCGAAGUGGGCUUGUAAACUUGACUCUAAGGAGGCUAUGGAAGAUGUCACGCAACAUCUGCCUAAAACAAACAAAGAAGGUGCCGUUAGUCCAGGUAGACAAACCUUGUCAGCUGAGGGAACAAAACAAGGUAUUAGUGGAAAUUCUCUUUGCUCAGGAUAUUCAUCAAAACAAGGGGGGCAGCACAUUACCCCUGAGAGUGGAAAUAGCAUGCCAAAUGACUCCGAUAAGGGCGGCUGUUAUCCCCCAGAGGACUGCAGUAAAACACAAAGGGCUACGCAAAAGACAAGCCCCCUUCCUAAAACACCUGGCGGGCCCACCCCGCCUGAGAAUACACAGUGUGUGCAGGAGCUAAGUUCUCAGUAUGUACAUGUAAGUGAAACCCCCAAAAUGUUUCAGUUGGGUAAAGAGACUAGUGCAAGGGAGGGACAAGUCAAUGAGAAAGUCCCUGUUGAUGGAGAUUUGUGUUGUAAUGUGGCUGCUAAAGAAGUAUUUCACAACAUUUCUGUUGAUGAACCAAAGCUGUCUGGGCAUGGGACAUGCACUGACAAUGUACAGGUCCCUAUUGUGAAUGAAAGGUCACAAGUCGUGGUUUGCGACUCUUCUGAUGUGAUUUUGAAGCAGAAUGACAGUGCCAAUCGAAUAGAAAUAUCUAUGUCUUCAAAUCACCAACAGGAUAGGAGCAUGCUGCUCGCUCACACUGAGAACUGUGUGACUUUAGAGGGGCUAGAAUCAGAUCAGCCAAAUCUUUCUGACUGUAUGGUCCAACAAGUACAAGAGUCCGUUCCAGCAGAUCAUAAACUCUCACAAAUUCAGAUAUGCCUGAAUGACACACCAGGUAUCGUGAAUGUGGAAGAGAGGCAGGAAGUGAGUGCAGAGGCUCUCAAUGCUGUCAAGGUAAAAGAUUUGAUUGACGUAGGUAUUUUAAUGCAGCCAGAUUUGGAGGAUACUUGGCUGGUCGUAAGUGAGAUAGACGGGCAGUCUGAGCAUGCAGAGAUGGAGGUCAGCGAGGAGUCUCUGGUGCAGUGCCCUGAAACCCAGUCAACUGUUGCUCUAUAUGAAUGCACUGUGCCCUGCUUUACAUCAGCUGCCAUUCACAGUGAAGUUAAGCUGCUGUUAACUGACAAAGAAGAGGAGGAACCAAUAGAAACAUUGACGCAAGGCUUACAAGCCCAGAGUAAUCUAGGGACUCAUUCUGAUACACUCAAGCCCACAAAAGAUUUAACCACCAUACCUUCUACCCAAAAAGAAGGAUCUAUAAUUGUCAAGCAACAUAAUUCAAGUCCCACUGAUCUUGCAAACACAUUGACAGGGUUAACGUCCACAGUGUUGGAUGCCACGCUUGACUCUGUGCAAGAGCAGCAAGAAUCUGAUGUGGUGAAAAGCACACAAGGUGUGUCAUUAAUUUCAUUGUCUUGUGGCACGAUUGACCCAAACCUGUUGAUCUUAAAGAAGGGUGACAACCCUGCCCUUAAGCAUCCUUCUUCCCUGUCAGCUAGGAUCUCAACCAAUCAGAACUCCCCUGUCCAGGCUGGAUCCCCCAGUGAUGGAUUGAAUAAAGCUUCAGAGUGCCUUGCUAAAACUGAUACACUUGCAUCUCCCACAGUAAAGGAGGAUGCCACGUUACAUGCUGACUGCCCUGUCUCAAACACUUUCUCUCAAUCCUCUCGGACUCUUUCCACUUCUAAUGUACUUACACAGAACAGAUCUGUGAAAGAAAACAUAAAUAAAUCAAAUAGUUCUGUCAAGAUGCUUCAAAAUGAAUUCUCUGCUAAUACUUCAUCAACUUCAGUACAACUCCAUAACUCACAAAGCCGCUUUCCUCUAUCUGCUGGAGAUGUGUGGGGUACUGUAUCCAGCGUUGUCCCAGAGGGGAAUCAGUUUAAACAGUCAUCGGCCACUACACCAUGCCAAGAUUCAAUGUCUUUGGGAGGUGAACUGGAGUUGGAGCAGCAGCAGUCACCGGACAAACUUUUGUCAACAACGCAAGAUGCUCAACACUCCAUCCUGGAGCCACUUGAUGCUUCUGUAGAAGAGAGCAGCGACGGAGAGGUUGACAGCUCUAUGGAGGUCCAGAAUGAGGAUAGCAAUGCUAUGCCCAGUCCAGCAGCAAACAAGGUUUGCCAGUGGAUUGCAGGCAAGGUUACAGCAGCCUCUACUCCUUCCUCCUCCCCCGUUCCAUGUCCAUCGCCAUCUCCCUCAUCCGGUGACUGGAUGCGUUCUCACACAGGCAGAGCCUCACCUGUACAAAACUCUCAUGGCAAAAACAUGCCCUCCACUUCCUCCCAGGGUUCUGGUGGCUGUUCUCAGUCAGAGCAAACAACCACCCCGAAAUCCACCCCGAAGCAUACAGACAUGGCAGAACUGGCAAAACAUGAAGCAGAAAUAGAACAUCGUACCCUUGCACUAAAACGUGAAGGUUUCUGGUCCCUAAAACGCCUGUCUCGUAUAACCGAACCAGUACGGCCCAAAGUUCAUUGGGAUUACCUCUGUGAGGAAAUGCAGUGGCUCUCUGCAGACUUUGCACAAGAGAGGCGAUGGAAAAGAGGAGUGGCUAGAAAGGUAGUACGGAUGGUGAUGCGCCACCAUGAGGAGCUGAGGCAGAAGGAAGAGAGAGCGAAACGCGAGGAGCAGGCCAAACUGAGGAGAGUUGCUUCUUCUAUUGCCAAGGAGGUCCGUGCCUUCUGGAGCAGUGUUGAAAAGGUUGUCCAGUAUAAACAACAGUCCAGACUGGAGGAGAAGCGGAAGAAGGCCCUAGAUCUCCAGCUGGAUUUCAUUGUGGGUCAGACAGAGCGUUACUCUGACUUGUUAAGCCAGUCUCUGCAUGCUGCUCCUGUACACAGUUCAGACACUGCAGCUGUCUCCAAACAAUCACAGCUGAAUGCUGUUGAUGAGGAUGAUAGAGACUUUGAGCCACCUUGUGAGGAGGAGGAUGAUGAAGAGACCAUAGAGGUAGAGGAGCAGCAAGAGGGGAAUGAUGCAGAGACACAAAGGCGAGAGAUAGAAUUACUGAGGGAGGAGGGCACUCUGCCUUUGGACCAGCUACUCAGUACUUUAACUCUCCCCCAGGUUGUUGAAUCUGAAGAAGAGGCCUCGGAUGCUUCAUCUUCUACAGUUGGAGAUGAAGACAAAGAAUUUAGUGCCAAUGAAGAAGAUGCGGAAGAUGAAGAAGACACCAUUGCAGCCCAGGAAGUUGUUGAAGGAGAGGGAGACCAUGCAGAGGAACUGGAUGACCUUGCUAGAGAAGGGGAGAUGAGCAUGGAAGAGCUCUUAGAAAAGUACAGAGGAGCAUAUGCCUCUGAUUUUGAGGAGCCCUCAGCGUCACCAGAUUCCUCAGAAGAAUCAGAGGGAACUGAGGAAGAGGCGGAGGAAGAGACAGAAGGAGAGGACAGUGCUGAUGAUAGUGGCUCCUCCUCAGGUUCCCAAGCGGCUGUAGACAGUGACGAAGAAGAGGAGGAUGAGGAUGUGCAGGAGAGUGAUGAUGAUGAGGAUGAUGAUGAUGGAGGAGAGGGAAUGGAGGUUCUGCUGAGAGAGGGAGACCAUAGUCCCACUGUAACAACAUCUCCCCGACCUAAGAAAGAAAUCAGCCACAUUGCUGCUACUGCUGAGAGCCUUCAACCUAAGGGAUAUACACUGGCAACAACAAAGGUCAAAACACCGAUUCCAUUCCUCCUUCAUGGUACCUUGCGUGAGUAUCAGCACAUUGGACUGGACUGGUUGGUCACAAUGAAUGAGAAGAAACUCAAUGGCAUACUUGCAGAUGAAAUGGGGCUUGGAAAAACCAUCCAAACCAUCGCUCUGUUAGCUCAUCUCGCUUGUGUAAAGGGUAACUGGGGUCCACAUCUGAUCAUUGUGCCCACCAGUGUAAUGCUCAAUUGGGAGAUGGAGUUGAAACGUUGGUGCCCAGGAUUCAAAAUCCUCACCUACUAUGGCAGCCAGAAGGAGCGCAAACUCAAGCGACAAGGCUGGACCAAACCCAAUGCUUUCCAUGUUUGCAUUACCUCGUAUAAGCUAGUACUGCAGGAUCAUCAGGCUUUUAGACGCAAGUCUUGGAGGUACCUCAUUCUGGAUGAAGCUCAGAACAUCAAGAACUUUAAGUCCCAGCGCUGGCAAAGCUUGCUCAACUUCAACAGUCAGAGGCGAUUGUUGCUCACGGGUACCCCUCUCCAGAACAGUCUAAUGGAGCUUUGGUCUCUUAUGCACUUCCUCAUGCCGCACGUUUUCCAGUCCCAUCGUGAGUUCAAGGAGUGGUUCUCAAACCCGCUCACUGGCAUGAUUGAAGGGAGCCAGGAGUACAACGAGGGCUUGGUCAAACGACUUCACAAGGUGCUACGACCCUUUCUGCUGCGGAGAAUAAAAGCAGAUGUGGAGAAACAAAUGCCCAAAAAAUAUGAGCAUGUUGUGCGCUGUCGACUCUCCAAAAGACAGCGUUUUCUCUAUGAUGACUUCAUGGCCCAGGCCUCGACACGAGAGACUUUGGCCAGCGGUCAUUUCAUGUCUGUGAUCAACAUCCUGAUGCAGCUACGGAAAGUGUGUAAUCACCCUAACCUGUUUGAUCCAAGGCCUAUACAAUCUCCCUUCAUCACAAAGGCCAUUGUCUAUUCUACUGCUUCACUGGUUCAGCGGGCUCUUGAGACCUCACCAUUUGAGCGCUGUGACUUGUCCAUGUUUGACCUGGUUGGUCUGGAGCAGCGUGUGUCUAGAUACCAGGCAGAUGUUUUCCUGCCUCAGAGGAAAGUGACACAUCAGCUUAUUCAGGAAAUCAUGGAGUCCCCUGAUCCUCCUCCCAGACCGAAGCCUGUUCGCAUGAAGGUCAACAGGAUGCUCCAGCCUCUUCCUAAGUCUGAUGGACGUUCAGCAGCGAAUAACCCACGGUCUGCGUGUCCUACCACCAUCGCCACCACAGUUCAGUCACCAAAGCCUCUAAUCACAGAGGUCACCCCUUCCCAAGCUCCCUCCCAGCCAAUACCUCAAGUUUGUCCUGUUACUCCUGUCACUACUCCAAGAGCUCCAGUGGCUCCUAGUAGCGUCCCUUCUGCCCCUGCAGUCAGGCCGCCAGCCCCCCAGCCAGUGACUGUACGUCCCUCAGCACCCUCCAGCAUCACAACUGUGUCUGCACCCCCUCAACCACCAAGCAACAUUAUGACUCAGAGGGUCCUGCUCAGUCCAGAUAUGCAGGCUCGUUUGCCAUCCGGUGAAGUUGUGAGUAUCGCUCAGCUGGCCUCCCUGGCAGGCCGACCAGUGUCGUCCUCUCAGGGCAGUAAACCAGUAACCUUCCAGCUACAGGGCAACAAGCUCACACUCUCUGGGACUCCGCUGCACCAGGUCCCUGUUCCUCAGCCGCGACCCAUCCAAGGAAAUGUAAUGCAUCUGGUUUCCAGUAGUGGGCAGCACCACCUUAUUAGUCAGCCAGCUCAGGUGGCAGUUCUUCACACAGUUAGUCAGACAGGUAGCAGCUCAGCAAUUCCCCACCCAGCCAGCACAACCCCAACCUGCUCUGGACUAGCAUUACCUUUCACCGCUACUCAAGUCCCAACAUCCAUGGUAAGUGGACCCGGAAUUGUAAAGAUUGUUGUACGACAGGCACCAAGUAAAGAAGGAGGGUCAAUCCCUACUCUGGCCGUGCCUCCUUCUCCUCGCCCUGCUCCUCCUCAGUCGGUCACCCUUCACCCACAUGGCACUCCAAGCCCUGUUCUUAGAGCGUCCGCUGCUUCUCAGCCUCCACACCGGCCUCCGGUAUAUGCUGCUCCACCCCGAACUGUUGCUUCCUCCCAGACACCACCCACUCGUCCUGUGUUGAGAGUAGUACAGGGACCAGCACCACCACCAGCCCCAGAACCACCAGUUACGAAGGCAAAUUCAUCAUCAGUGCGUGAGGACAGUAAUAAUGAUGUGAUAACUUUGCGCAUGAGCACACCUAAGCCCACAUCCUCAUCUCAGAGCAGUGGGUCAACAUCUCAGCGUCCCCGCAUUCAGCCGCCACCUCCACCACGUUCCCCCUUCUACAUGUCAUGGCUUGCAGGCAGGCGAAAGGCUCAGCGAGAUGACAGAAUCUCUCAAAUUAUGCGCAUCAAUGAGCUGCACUGCAAUGCUAAGCCUGUGUAUGGCCGUGAGGUGCUGGACUUUCUAACCUUCCUCCCAGGCCCUUGUCCAUCUCCACCACGUCCUGUUGUAAACAACUGGAGUUACUCAGGUUAUAGCUCCUGCCUGACUGCUCAAUCACAUCAUACCAAUAGUAUUUUGGAAAAGAGCAAAGUCCUGACGGAAGCCAUUCACAACUCAGAGGAGAGGCUUCAACUUCUCUCUGAGGUCAUAGACAGGUUCACUUUUGUCAUUCCUCCAGUAGAGGCAAAGCCUAUCACCAUGCACAGCUGCCACCCACCUCCUUCCCUCAGAUACCAGCAAUCUGUUUUCUCCUCUGUUUUAUCUUCCUAUCUCUCCCCACUUACACACACGCUCCAUCGCAUCCAGUGUAACAUGAGGACAUAUUUCCCUGACUUGAGGCUUAUUCAGUAUGACUGUGGUAAGCUACAGACACUCCACCUCCUGCUUAGAAAGUUGAAGGCAGGAGGGCAUAGAGUCCUCAUUUUCACUCAGAUGACACGUAUGCUAGAUAUACUUGAGCAGUUCCUCAACUACCAUGGGCACAUUUACCUGAGGUUGGAUGGAAGUACACGUGUAGAACAGAGACAGGCUCUGAUGGAGCGCUUCAAUGCAGACCGUCGCAUAUUCUGCUUCAUCCUGUCCACCCGCAGUGGAGGUGUAGGUGUUAACCUGACUGGGGCAGAUACAGUAGUGUUCUAUGACAGUGAUUGGAACCCAACCAUGGAUGCCCAAGCUCAGGACCGGUGCCAUAGAAUUGGACAGACAAGAGAUGUCCACAUCUAUAGGCUAAUCAGUGAACGCACAGUUGAAGAAAAUAUUCUGAAAAAAGCCAAUCAAAAAAGGAUGUUGGGAGAUAUGGCUAUUGAAGGCGGAAACUUUACCACUGCCUUUUUUAAGCAGCAAACUAUCAGAGAGUUGUUUGAUGUGUCAGAGGGAGAGAAGAAAGUGGCUGAAUUGAGCGUGCCUCAGUCAGAUGAUGAUGAGUCCGUCAAUAAACAUACAACCACCAUUUUGGAACAGGCCCUGUGUCGUGCUGAGGAUGAAGAGGAUAUCGUGGCUGCAUCUCAAGCCAAGGCUGAGCAGGUGGCUGAGCUUGCAGAGUUUAACGAGAACAUCCCUCUGGAUGAUGGUGAUAGCCGGGACCAGGAAGAGGAGGAGCUUUCCAAAGCUGAGCAGGAAAUCGCUGCCCUGGUUGAACAGCUCACUCCCAUAGAGCGAUAUGCCAUGAAUUUCCUUGAGGCCUCCCUUGAAGAUAUUUGCAAAGAGGAGCUGAAGCAGGCAGAGGAACAAGUUGAGGCUGCAAGGAAAGGGUUGGAUCAGGCAAAGGAAGAAGGAUUGAAACUGCAUCAGUCAUCUGACAGUGAUGAAGAGGAUUCCGUACCUCCUAGUAACGAGGAACCUACUCCAACCCGCCGCCCUCGUAAACACAAAGAGAAAGGCGCUCCUUCUACAAGGGUCAGUGGCAGGCUCAGAGGGGCACCUGCUGACAAGAUACCCCUAACCCAGCUGUCCCCAGAGAGAGGCAGGAGGGGGUCAUGGAUGAACUCUGAGCGCAGUAUAAGCCAAACCCCUGGGUCCACACAAAAGUCACCCCAACACAGAGAAGUGCCUGAGAAACUUCGCAGUGGUCCGCGCGGGCGAGGGACAACCAAAGAAUCUGAAUCCCUCAUGUCAUCAGAAAACCAGACAGUCCAAACCAACCAGCAGCUCUCAGAUUCAACAACCUUGUCCCCUGCUAUGCAGGGCUCAGUCCAAAAAAUUAGAAAUGUGUCAUCCCCCCACCUGCAGCCCAUUUCCCCAUCAAGCUCUGUGCCUUCAGCUGCUGCAUCUCCUCCAAUGGACAGAAACACUUGUGGCCAUCAGUCCUCCUCUUCUGCUGCAUGCAGAGAGGAGAGUGAAGAGCAGGGGGGAGAGACAGUGUCUGAAACUGUACAGUGUAGCAGGAGAGAUAGGAGAGCCUCUGCAUCAUCAGACUCCAUCUGUUCUCCUGAGCAUUAUUCUGAACAGGAUGGUCAGCUCUCCCUUUCUCCUACUCUUGCAUCACCGAACUCUCGCUCACCACGAAAGCGUCAGUCUGCUGAAAGUGAAAUUCUCAAGGGACUUCCAGAAGAUUCUCCAUCAGCCAAGGUCCUUCGAAAGCUUCCAGGUCGUCUGGUCACGGUGGUGGAAGAGAAAGAGCCCAAACGGAGACGGAGGGGAAUGAGUGGAAGUGGAGGAGCACACAACGAGGGUUCGUCAGAGGAGACUGAACAGGUAGAACCGGUUCAAGAACCAGCCACUCAUUCAUCUGAUGGAGCAAGUCAAACUCUUAAAGACUCUCCUCCCAUAUCAGUCCCCACAUCCUUAGCUUCUUCCUCACCACCACCACCACCACCACCACCACCACGAGAGCAGGAACAGGCCUCCUCUCCGUUACAGUGUAGUCCAGGGAGAGGGCACCACCCCUGUUCCCCAACACACCAUUCACCAGAUAUGCCUGUCCUACGGAACUUACCAGUACGCCGAAGGCUUGAGACAGAGUCUCGAAUGGCUGCACAGUUAGGAGAGCAAUUUGUAGGAAGAGGUAGAGGGGUGGAUCGGAGAUCUGCUUUGUCACCAAAGAAACAAGAAAUGAAUUCAGACAAGGACAGUGCUGCUCAAAGUGACUCAAAUGUCACCAAUCUUAUAUCAGUGAAGCGCAAGAGGGGCAGGCCACCUAAAACACCCCCAAGGGCACCAGAGCUGCCAGAAGACAAGAAACCAGUAACCCAGAAAACCAGUCCUGAGCAUAGUCCCCCUCACUCACCAAAACGGAAAAGGGGUCGUCCCCGUAAAGAUUCCACCACAACUACAAGCUCAUCACCAUCUUCUCCUUCUACAGCUACUCCUUCCUCCCAAGAGCCUAAUUUGUCAACGUCCAAUGUUAUGCCUGUGACUUUGCCUGCUGUCAGUAAAACUUCACCAAUAAGCUCUCCAACACUCAACCCCACUUCACCCUCAAAUGCUGCUGAAGUGUCAUCAUCUAAACCUGAUUCAGAAACAAAUCAAUCCACUACGUCUGUUUUACUGUCCUCUAUGCAUAGAGACUCUCAAAAUAUGUCCUCGUCUACAUCAGAACUUGUAGACUCACAAGGUGAUACUCACACCAGUCCAAACCCUGUAAUUGCAUGCAUUGACUCUGACACCAAUACACUUAAAACUUCACACAAGUCUUCUACUGCAGAGGCCUCUCAGACUUGUACUGCUUCUUCCCUUACACUACAGCUUCCAAGUCCCCUCAUAGAGCCUCUCACAUGUACCCACUUAUCCCCAAUCCAUGCCGAGAAACUUACCCAAAUGCCUGUGCUUUCUGAGACCAGUGAAAUCCCAGCAUUUUCAGAACCUUCAGCUGUCUCAGUGACUGCUGUAGAAGCUGAGGAAAAUUCAGUCACAACUAACCAGCAAAUAGAUCAUUUGCAGUACUCAGAUACAUCAACUCAUGUCACUUCACAACCCUUACACAGAACCAGUACAACUGCAAACUCUCCACAAACCUUUGUAGAACCCAUGUGCAAUAUAGCUGCAUCUCCUACUGCCACUCAUCCGUCAUCCACCCAACCUUCUCCACCUGCUUUGACUUCUGGGAUUGAGCCAGAAUCCUCCUCAUCUAAAUCAGAGGCACCAGAAGCUUCAGCUACACUGACUCUGUCAACAGUCCAGCAGUCCACACCUAAGUCUGAUCAAACUUCUGUUCCUACCUCACAACUUCAAAUUACAGCCAUUGAAGCAGCAACAGAUUCAGCACCUGUAUCACACAAAAUGUCUUCAACAUCUUUACAAUCUCCAUCUACCGCUAAUCAGACAACAACAGAUUCUCUGUCAACAUUCAGUUAUACAGAUGCAGAUUCUUCUCCACCCCAAAACAUGCCAGUGGCUGAUAAUCAUGAAGGCCAUUAUUCAUCCAAGGACGAGGUUGUAACUGAGGAGGAGGUUGUAACUGAGGAGACAGAGAAAAUUGAAGUAGACAGUGUUGCUGAGGAUGAUGCAGGAGAAAAUGAGGGCGUCUUAUCUCAGCCAAAAAGAAGGAAAUUGGAUAGUUUGCCAAAGGAACAGACACCCAGUGCCUCAGGAAUUGCCUCAUCAAAUUCAGAUAUUGAGACUCAUGAUGCUCCCAAGAGUGAUGGACCUGUUAAGCCAUCAGAAGAGGAAACAAGAGAGGACAGAGAGACCAGAUCAUCUGCCAAAAAACGAAGCGUUAGUAGACAAAGCAGCCAGGAGUCAGUCCGUUCCUCUUCCCCAUCUUCUGUAUCCUCCAGUGGUAUAAGAUCAUCUCAGUCCAAAAAGGCUGGAGAGAGUAGGAGGCCUUCAAAAAGGAAAAGGGAUGAUAUAAAGUCUGAAAAAGAGAAAACUGAAGAAGGAUCUGACAAAAAGCACCAGUCCAACUCUUCCUCCUCAUCUUCAGACUCUGAGGACUCUAAUAGUACGAAAAGAUGUCUGACAAGAUCGGCUCAAAAGAAGUUGGAGAAAGAUGGCAUGAUUUCUAAAAAUGAUGAGAGCAGUAAUAGACAAAGGGGGAGAUCAGACAAGAAGGGUCAAACCACCAAUACCACAGAAGGGGAGUCCAGUGGUGAAACGUGUUCAAGAGUUACCCGGAAAUCUGCAGGCCCACAAUCCAAUACUUUAGCUUCCCCUGAACCUGAGGUACUGGGCAAACGCUGCUCAGCCCUUAAUGCUGCAGCCAAGCUCUUGGCAAUGAGGGGAAGAGGGCCAGACACACCCAGUCCCAGCCCCAAAAAUAAGACAGCUGUACAGCAAAACAGAGCACUGUCCUCUGAAAGAAGCAGUAAAUCCAAGGGAAAAACAGGGCAGGACUCUCCUAAGAUGUCUAACAGUAAAGCAGGGAGUGGUAGGCAAACCCCCAAUCAGUCAACUGAAUCACCACAGUCCUCAUCUUCUGCUCGAUCCACUCGGCAGCGACCGGGCAGCCUUGUUCCACCCUUGGAAACAGACAGGUUUAAAAAAGAAGAAAAGAAAAAGGCAUCUGAUCAGAAGGAAGAAGGUGAAGAUGAAAAUAGAGAGACCAGGUCUUCAAGAGGUCAUAGUGCCUGCAGUAGUAUAAGCAGCGAAAGAGGUGCAGGCAGCAGUAGAAGUCGGAGUAGCAGCAACAGCAGUCAGCGCACCCACAGUCUAAGCUCACAAAGUACAGAGCCUACCCGCUCCCGUUCCAGAGCAGCCUCCUCUGGUAGUGAUACAGAGAGAGGCAAAAGUAUACGGCGGAAGAGCGAUGGAGGCAGAGACAGGGAGAGCAGGAAAGAGAAGAGGUCCCGGAAGCAUGACAAACCUGAACUGAGUGCUGGGUCCAGCGAUGGGACUCCGGACAGGGUUCUCAGGAGUGUAGCUGCACUGGCAGCCGCUCAGGCACGUACUCCGGCUAGCAACACACGCUCUUCAUCCACCCAACACCGGCACUCCAAGACGUGAUAUGGAGUGGAGAAAUCAUCUCUAGGUUUAAACAAGGAGUUGGAUGUGAAUUUCAGUAAGGAGAGAAUGCAGAUUUUAUGGAGGAAAGGGGAUCAAUUUUAUUUAAGGCCAUGGUUUAGCUGUGAGAGAAGACGGGGAAAGAAAGAUCUGUUGCACAUUGCAAUUAGAUCUGACCUCGCCUUUGCCACUCAGCUAUCUUAAGUCAAGCCAUUUACAGUGUGGAAAGGGUCUAUAGAUGCAGGACAAUUAUGAAGAUUUGGUCACCUAUUUAAAAAUGUGUCCUAAUAAUUUGAGUUAAAACCAGAGAAUAUUUUACCCUACCACAAAGACUUUGGAACUUCAAAGUAGCUGGGCAAGAGGCAAGAUUUAUUAUUUGUUCACACUAUGUACUGUAAUCAUAAAGACUGGAAAUACUAUGUGAAGUAUAUGUUAGAAGAUUGGUUGCAUAGAUUGUACACUUUUUACAGAGUUUACUAGUGCUGCAAAUGGUAUUGAUGAGGAAGAAAUUCAUUAAUGCUACAUUGAAACGAUUAGUGGGGAUUGUAUAAUUGUAAAGUUUUUAGACUGCUGCAUUCUGGAUAAUGUUUAUCAGCUGUUUUGACUAUUGUUUGUUUCAAGUCAGUUGAUAAAUUACAAAAAUAUCUUCUAUAUCUUCCAGGGUAUGAAGAAGAGGGCAAGUCUAAAAAUGAGAUUUUUUUUUUUUCUUCCCCCCCCCUCUGCACUAUGCUGGAGUUACAAUUUGCUUAAAUCACCUGUCUUGUGUAAUGUUUCAGUCCAUUACUUUUAAAUUCUGCUGCUGCCUGCUUUUCCCCAUUUGCACAUCUGGAAUGUCUCAGACAUUGGAGGUGUGCAUUGUGAUUUAGGGUUUUUUUUGUUUGUUUGUUUUUCUUUUUGGUUUUUUUUUUUUCCCAGAACAUCAACUUGUCAGUACAUCUUUACUGGUACCUCACUGCAUUUUGUAAGCUCUAAAGUAUGUGUAUCUCUUGAGCUUGUGAUGAACCUUGAAAUUUGCUUGUUAUUUGCUUUAUAGCAGUACAGAAAUGGGAGACAACAUCUUGCUAUUUUUCUUAUCUCUUUCCCAAAGUGUUAGUCAUUAUGAUCAUCUUUACACAUUAAAUUGUAUUCUCGAACACAGAAUCUAAACAAGUUUGAAAAAAUGAGAGUGCCUGUUGAUCCAUACAAGGAUCCAUGUUAACGUAUAGACGUUUGGUCAUCUGUAGUGCUUCAAGUGUAAUAAGCUCUUCCACCCUUCAUCGUAACAACGCCAUUUCUGUUUAUGUGCAACCAAAACUGAAAUAAUUCCUCCAGUGAAAAUUGCUACUGUCAGCUAUUUUUAUUUCUGGAGUAUUGGUCCUUUCUUAUGAAGGGACCGAUGCUGGGUUGGUAGGAUACACCUGAAAUAACUUCGUAAGAGGAAUAUCUUAUUUUUUUGCUGAACAUUGGCAGUCAAGUGAGUUGUAAGAUAGCUUUUCUUUGCCCUUUUUGGACAGAAAGAUGUUGGGGGGGAGGGGGGGGGGGUGUAUUUAGUAGAAUAUGGUGAUGGUCUUAUUUUCAUUUUGAUUUGUCUAUUCUAAUUUGUUACAUUCCUUAUGUUCCCUUGUAAUUCCACAUUGUUUUACUUGAAAGAUUGAAACAAAAAUGUAAGUUGAAUAAAAAGACCAAAAAUACA